AUGAGCAAACACAGUAGUUGGGAUGUCUCUAUGCUGUUAGGCUACGUUAGUUUCUUCAUUAUGAUUCCUGCUUGGUGGAAUAUCUCUUCCUGGCCACUAUGGGGACUGAUUCUCAUUGUUUACUUGGCUAUAAGAGCUUCAGGCUGGUGGAAGACAGCCAGAUUACAAAUGACUCUAAGAAAAUACAACAUCCAGCUAGAAGAUACAGUAGCAAAUAGCCGUGCCUUUACCAACCUUGUGAGAAAGUCUUUACGACUCAUUCAAGAGACUGAAGUCAUUUCCAGAGGAUUUACCCUUUUGCUUGACAGGGUCAGUGCUGCUUGCCCAUUCAACAAAGCUGGACAGCAUCCUAGUCAGCAUCUCAUCGGCCUUCGGAAAGCUGUCUACCGAACCGUUAGAGCCAACUUCCGAGCAGCAAGGCUAGCCACCCUUUAUAUGCUGAAAAACUACCCUCUGAAUUCAGAGAGUGACAACGUAACAAAUUACAUCUGUGUGGUCCCAUUUAAGGAACUGGGCCUAGGGCUGAGUGAAGAACAAGUGUCAGAGGAAGAAGCCCAUAACUUGACAGAUGGCUUUAGCCUGCCUGCACUAAAGGUUUUGUUCCAGCUCUGGGUAGGACAGAGUUCUGAGUUCUUCAGACGGCUGGCACUGCUUCUGUCAACUGUGAAUGCGCCCCAGGGGCCCCUCCUCACACCUGCUCUUUCUUCUCAUCGUGUCCUGUCGGAUGUGACUCAAGGCCUACCUCACGCACAUGCUGCCUGUUUGGAAGAACUUAAGCGUAGCUAUGAGUUCUAUAGAUAUUUUGAAACUCAGCAUCGGUCAGAGGGACAGCGCUUGUCCAAAACAAAGCAGAAAUCGAAAGAACUGAACAGCCUUCACACAGCAGUGCGCAGCCUCCAGCUCCAUCUGAAAGCAUUGCUGAAUGAGGUUAUAAUUCUUGAGGAUGAACUUGAAAAGCUUGUUGGUACUAAGGAAACACAUGCACUGGCAUCAGAGGCCUAUCACGUCCUGGAACAGAAGUUAAAGCUGCUCCAGCCUCGAGUACAAGCCAGCAACAGUUGCUGGGAAGAGGCUCUUUCUCAAGUUGAUAAACUGGUACGAAGAAAUUCAGAUAAGAAAGGCAAACCUGAAGUAGCAUGUGAAACCCCACACUGUGCCCCAGCAUCACUGCCACAGCCUGCACUACGCAUUGAGGACAAAGAUCCAAUACCUGAAGAGCAGGAAUUGGAAGCUUAUGUGGAUGACACAGAUAUGGACAUUGACUUCAGAAGGGAGGACUUUUACUAUUUGUCUCAAGAAGACAGAGAAAGGCAGAAGCGUGAGCGGGAAGAAUCUAAGAGAGUAUUACAGGAAUUAAAAUCAGUGUUAGGAUUUAAGGCCUCGGAAUCUGAGAGGCAAAAAUGGAAGCAGCUUCUAUUUAGUGAUCACGCUGUGAUGAAACCCUUGUCUCCUGUAGAACCAAUGGAACCCAUAAAUAAUUCAGAAUCAUCUGUGAAUUCAGAUAUGGAAAAGGAUGGUCAUAAAGGUGAAAGUGACCCUGAAGAGGGAAAUAGUGAACUCAAUCCUCCCCCAAAUGACACUGAGAUAAGUAGGACUGAGUAUUUGUAUGAUGAUCCUUCAGACUGUCAAAAUAAAGACAAUUCUGUGAAGGAAAGCUUGCUUGCAGCUGCUGACGAAAAAACAUGUUACCAAUAUGAAAGUGAAGGUGGAUCUGAGCAGACCACCAAGGGUAGUGUGGAGACCCUUCAGCCAGCACUCAGUGACUCGUUACAGACCUCCAUCCGGGAGAGACUGGCUCGCUUGCACCGGGGACCAGAUUUCAACAUCACUUCUGGUCUCGCCGCCCAGGCAGCUGCAAGAUCUCUUACAUUUACCAGCAUGGAGGAACAGACUUUUGAAGAUAGUGAGGAAGAGGAGGAAGAUAAGGAAGGAGAACAGCAAAAGAGGCAAGAAAAUGAAAAUGAAGUAGAAGAAAGCAAGAACAAAGAAAUAAACAUAGAAGAUGAAGGAUUAUAAUUCUCACCACCUAAAAAAUAAUGUCUUAGCUUCUUAACUGGAUAAAGAGGUUCAAAGUGUUCCCAUUUAAAGGAUGCUGAAUGUAAGGAGUUUACUUUAUAAGGCUUUGCAGAGAAAAUCAUAGUUGGAAAAAAAUGAUCCAGAUUAUUUAAUUUUGUUAUAAAUGGCACCCUUAGGAGAGUAUUUCCAUUGUCUUGCAUAUGUGCUAACAUGCAAGACCUCCCUAGAGGAAAAUGCUAUUUUAUUAUUAUGACAUUGACUGGUACUAUGAAGAGAUUUUGUUAAUUUAUCACUUUUAAUACAAAGUGUACAUUUUGUAUUUCUGGCCUGAAUUUAUUGUUGAAAAAGGUCAUUGGAAACACACAAAAAGAACAUCAGAAUUUGCUAUGAUGCCUUCUUUACUAUUUCCUUUGCACUUAACUGUAGUAUGUGUGUAUUCCUGGCAAAUCAUCUGUAACUUUUUUAGUUCGUUACAAUCCUAAAACAAGCAUACAGUUUAAAUAAAAAUAUUCAACUCUCCA